AUGGGGUCCAGCACGCGGAAGAAGAAUGAGAAGAAGAAGGACUUUCAGAAAACAAAGUUGAAAGUGGGCAAAGCAAGAGCGAAGCCGACCAACUUUACGGACACAAGUUUCAGGUCCAAAUCCAUCGUUGUCAAUCAGCAGUCUCUUUCUGAGACAGCCCCAGAAGCAGCGGUCCAAUUUCGGCACAAUCUGUCGCUGGCAGCGUCGUCCCGGUCGGACAACCAGCGCCGCGAUGCACUGGCUUACUUGACGAGCCAAAUCUCUGGAGGAAUGAAUGAUAGAAACAGUGGCAAUGGCAGUGGAAGCACUAGCCACAAUCCAGUGGGCACCGUCGGGGUGCUGAGCAAACUGCUGCCCCUGAUUUCUGACCCGGCCGCUCCUGUACGCACCCAGCUGCUGAAGCUCUUCCGUGCCCUUCCGCCUGAUGAGGUGCGCCCAAUGGCCGCAAAGAUCUUGCUCUACGUGCGUGCCGGCAUCACAAAUCUGUCGUCGGCCGUGCGCGAUGACGCCCUGAGCACGCUGGAGUGGCUGCUGGAGGUCGCUGGCGAGGACCUGGUCUCAAGCCCGGGCGGUUGGCUCAAGACGCUGAACGGCUUUGGCGCCAUGAUGGGGUGGGUGGCACCUCCGCCUCCAGGCUCAGCAGGAGCAGGAGGCGUGGGCUCUGGCUGGAGCUCGGCGCCCAAGUCGUCGUUUGCCGCGAUCGCCACCAAGAGCGGCAGCAGCAGCGGCGGCCGGCGGCUGGCCACAGGCGGCCAGGCAUAUGCCCGGCAGAUCGCUGCGCUGGCCAAGUUUCUUGAGAUUGGCCUGCGCCGAGAACAGCCCUCUCCGUAUGAUCCAAAGGUCCUCUGGGACAGCCUCUAUCGGCCGCCGGCGGCCACGGCAACCAUUGCCAAGACGAACCCUUUUGGACAUCUAAACAUUUUCGGAGCUCCGCGGGACGAAGACAGUGAAAUGUAUGCGGAUCGCGAGGACCGGCAGCGGGUGUUUGCCAAGCGCUGGCAGCCGACCAUCACCACAGGCGUCGAGGAAGCGCGGAAGGAGGGUGGUGCUGUGGGACGAGCGGCAGCAACGCUUCGCGAUGUUUUAGAGACGGGCAUGAGCGACUAUGAUUCUACUACUAUCAGCUAG